AUGACCACUAUACCAAUGCCGGCAGAAAAUGUUACAACAAUUGAGGUACCAUCCGCAUCAGCAUCCGCGGUGGUGCUUGGAACAACGGUUAUGGGUAAAAAAUCUCGCAAAUCUUUGAAAUCACAUUUAUCGACGGAUGACAGUGGUCCUUUUAACUUGGCCAGCAGUGGUGCUGCUGCUGGUGGUGGUGCCUCCGGUAGUAAUCGCGUACCAAAAUGUGCCCGUUGCCGUAAUCAUGGCUGGAUAUCGGAGUUACGCGGCCACAAAAAACAUUGCACCUACAAGAAUUGCCGUUGUGCGAAGUGCGUUUUGAUAUUCGAGCGGCAGCGUAUUAUGGCGGCACAGGUUGCCCUGAAGCGCCAGCAAGCUGUUGAAGAUGCCAUUGCUCUGCGUCUGGUGGCAACAAAAACAGGACAACAAUUGGACACCUUGCCUCCGGGUAGCAUUUUUGGUUUAAAUGGAGAACAACUGACCACAGAGAAACCCCCACCUCUGGAAAGUUCCGCAGUAGAAGAUUUAAGUUUGCCAAAUAAACAACAGCAACAACAACAAACAGAAAUCGAAGAAAUAAAUCCCAAAUCAGCAAAUUGCCCCAAGCCAAAAUCGGAUAAAGUCUCCCAGAAUGCCAUUGAAAUGUUAAUGCAAAUUUUCCCCCAUCGAAAACGUUCCGUAUUGGAAUUGAUUUUGAAACGUUGUGAUUCCGAUUUGAUUAAGGCCAUUGAAAAUAUUUCGGGUAAUUUUCAUGAUCACAAGGAUUUAAGGGAGAUGGAUGGGGGACGACUGCAUAGAAAUGAAAUGGGCAUUAAGAGUGCCUUUAAGCCGGUCUAUUCUUCGGCGGGGAAUGUGCACUCCCAGUCAGCCUUGAAUUUGUCCAGUAAUAUAUGUGCCACAGCCACGACCGCCUCGACCACAGCCAACUAUCCCAAAUGGUUUGUGCCUCUCACCUUUCCCAUAACCUUUCAGGGUCAUUUAGCUCCAGCCUUACCGCCAUCAACACUGCCAGCUGCUGGAGCUCGUUGUACCUUGCCGAACUGUUCCUGCUUGGAUAUGGGGUAUCAGUUUAAUUGUUCUUAA